GGGCUACUUCCAGUGACUCGCAUAGGGGUAGAGGAGUGCUCCAAAGACAGGAUACCUGUUUCUUUGAAAUAAAUAAAAAACCCGAAGAGAGAUAAAACCGAUAGAUAUGGCGAAUAAAGCGGCAGAGCCCGUUCCAUUGCACUUGGCGGAACUCACUGCUACCCAGUUCCUCGACAUCUGGAAUAAAUUCGAUGCUGAUGGAAAUGGCUGCAUUGAAGGGAAGGAACUGGAACAUUUCAUUCGUGAGCUCGAGCUAGCAAGGAAAAGUGUGAGUGUGGAUCCUUCAAAUGCUUCGUUCAAAGACAGGAUGAAAGAGUUUAUGCAAAAAUUCGAUGAGAACGGUGAUGGGAAGAUUGAGAUGUCAGAGCUGGCCCAAAUCCUGCCAACUGAGGAGAAUUUUCUAUUGUGCUUCAGACAGUUUGUGGGAUCCAGUGCAGAGUUUAUGGCAGCAUGGAGAAAAUAUGAUACUGACCGUAGCGGAUACAUUGAAGCCAAUGAACUGAAGGGCUUUCUCUCAGACUUGCUGAACAAAGCAAACAGACAUUAUGAUGACAAGAAAAUGAAUGAAUAUACACAGACCAUACUUAAAAUGUUUGACCUGAAUGGUGAUGGGAAACUGGGAUUGUCCGAAAUGGCUAGACUGCUUCCUGUAAAGGAGAAUUUUCUGCUCAAGUUUCAGAAUUUCAAACUAUCUGCUGAAGAAUUUGAAGCAAUUUUCACCUAUUAUGAUAAGGAUGGAAAUGGUUCCAUUGAUGAACAUGAACUGGAUGCACUGCUGAGAGACCUCUACCAAAAACAUAAAAUGGUUGUUGACCCUCAAAACCUGGCUAGCUCAAAGAAGAGCAUCAUGGCGUUGUCAGACGGAGGAAAGCUGUUCCGCACAGAGCUGGAGAUUGUGUUAUGCAAGGAUCCACUAGUGUGAACUCUUUACUCUCUCUUCCUGAUGUAGCCAAAGCAGGUGCGUGCGGUGGCUCUGUUCCACCUCUUAUCCUGUCAAAGUUAAUCAGCAUCCACAACAUACUCCUCUCUCCGUGGCAUGCCUUUCCCAAAGAUAUGGCUUCUCAAUGUGUGCAUCUCUUUUUUUUUUUUACGUGACAUUAAGGUAUUAUGAUGGAUAUAUGGUCUUAUUCUCCUGCUUGUACCAAAUCUUUGGUUGGUUUCUUUAUGUAUGUAGCCUGCUCUCUCUCUUUCCAGUCUCUCCAAUAUAUCUCUUUUAUUGUUCCUAGCAAGACUGUAGACUGUUCUGUUUUGACAACAUUGCUAAAAGAAUUACCGAAAUAAAGAUCAGAUAAUACAUUUA